ACCGGAAGUUGUUUGCCCGUGUAGAUGCCCCGUCUCUGUUAACAGUUGGACGACAGGUCUCUCACUCGCUAAGCCAGGGGAGCUUGUUGACUAGAGGGUUGUAUGCCAAGAUGCUGCAUGCAGUAUCUUUUAUUGGCCUAGUGCAGUCCCAGUUGGUUCGCCUAAGUCAAAGUAAACAUGCACCAAAGAAGAGCUCUGGACUUCCAAAAGAAGGGGUCAUCAAGUUUGAUAUCGAUCACAGUGAUGCCAUCCUCACUGCAAUUGAAAGGAGGAGCGCAGAUAGAAUAAAGCUUGUUCGGGAUUUUCUUUAUAAUCUACACUUGGUUGGACAGUAUUUGUCAGGCCCCUACCAGGGUCUUGGAUUUGGAAAUGUCAGCGAGCUGUUACCAGUGCAAGACCAGAGGGAGGACACUUUAAAGACAUUUUGCAUCACAGGAACCCAGACUGGUACAAUUAAAGCUCUUGAUUCUGGGAAACAUUUUGCUGUGGUGACGGAGUAUGAUUUUGAGAAGUACAGAAUCAAAGCUCAUGGUUGCAUCAAACCCAGCAGUGAAGCCAUUACGCAUGCUGCUAUCUACGAGAGCAGUCCUCACAUUCAGGCCAUAAUCCACGUUCAUUCCCCAGUCCUGUGGCAGGCACUGUUAUUAUCGCCAGAUGAUGAAGUAUUGAAGACAGCCAAAGAUGUGGAAUAUGGCUCGUAUGAACUAGCUCAAGCCAUUCGCCAACUUAUUAAGGAAAAUCAAAAGCAGGGAUGGUUUCUCACAGCAGGCCAUGACGAUGGGUUAUUCUUUUAUGGACCUAAUCUAGUCAAAACUCUGGAAUUAACUCUCCAGGUUUAUAAAAUUGUGUUUAAAGUAUCACCUGUAGUUAUUCAAAACAUGAAACGCUUGGUGGCCCGCUUAGAGACUUGGAACAAGUAACUCGUUUUUCAGCCUGAAUGUUGCAAUAUGCAUUUAAACCAUAGAACUGGUAACAAUUAGAUUU